CUUACCGUGCUUGUGCUUGUCCAAGAAAGAAAGUGCAGCACCACUUAUCUCAUCAAUAAUCGGGCGCACACUACUUAUAAAUUAUACACUUCAAUCACAACUUUUCUAUGAAUUCAAUGGCUCAUAUCAAUAGCACUAGUUCAUUUGAAGAAGAAGAAGAAACUUGCUUGUUUGCAAUACAACUAGCAACUGCUUCGGUACUUCCCAUGGUAUUGAAAGCAGCUAUUGAGCUUGACAUUUUCGAUACCAUUGCAAAAGUUGGUCCGGGUGCCUAUGUUACUCCAAGUGACUUAGCAUCUAUACUGCCCACGUCGAACCCGGAUGCACCACUUAUGCUCCACCGCAUGCUCAGAGUCCUAGCUAGCUACUUGGUUCUCAAAUGUAAGGUUAUUGAGCUACCUAAUGGUCUUCUAGUGAAGACCUACGGCUUAAUGCCCGUUUGCAAAUAUUUUACAAGAAAUGAAGAUGGUGUCUCUCUGGCACCUCUUUCACUCUUGACCAAUGAUAAGAUUUUGAUGGAGAGCUGGUACCACUUGAAAGAUGCAGUUCUUGGUGGAGGACUUCCAUUUAACAAGGCCUUUGGAAUGAACAUAUACGAUUAUAGUGGCACAGACCCUCGCUUCAACAUGGUCUUUAACCAAGCUAUGAAAGAUCAUUCUACCAUUAUCAUGAAUAAGAUCCUUCAAAAUUACACUGGUUUUGAAGGUCUCACGUCAAUAGUAGACGUCGGUGGUGGUACUGGGGCUUCACUUGAUGCAAUCAUUUCCAAGUAUCCUACUAUUAAAGGGAUCAACUUCGAUCUCCCCCACGUUGUUAAAGAUGCUAACUCGUCUAAUAAUAAUGGUGUGGAACAUGUUGGAGGGGACAUGUUUAUUAGUGUGCCCAAGGGAGAUGCCAUAUUCUUGAAGUGGAUAUGUCAUAAUUGGAACGAUGAUCAGUGUUUGAGGCUGUUGAUAAACUGUUAUGAAGCACUCGUGGAUGGUGGAAAGGUAGUUGUAGCAGAGUCCAUUCUUGCGGAGCAACCUGAAACUUCACUCAUUACUAAGACCGUCCUUCAUGUCGACGCCAUUAUGCUGGCAAGUAUUCCUGGUGGAAGAGAGAGGACUGAAGAAGAGUUUGAGGCCUUAGCUAAACGUGCAGGAUUUAAACGAUUCAACAAGCUGUGCCAUGCUUUUAAUAUUUGGAUUAUGGAAUUUUGUAAGUAGAGCUUUGCAUGGGAAACAAGCUCUUGGAUCUAUUGAUUAUUUCAGUUUUAACAUUUUGAUCAAUAUAGUUUGCAUAUGAAAUAAUAAUGUUCUGCUUUGAAACCAAAGGUUCAGACCUUAAAGGUUUCAAGUUUCAGUAUUAUUUGGUUGGUUUAUGAUGAUUUUCUUUAAGUUGAA